UUCGGUUACGGUUCCAUGACUGCCCUUCCCAUCAUUGAGACCCAGGGUGGUGAUGUCUCUGCUUACAUUCCCACUAACGUCAUUUCCAUCACUGACGGUCAGAUCUUCUUGGAAGCUGAACUUUUCUUCAAGGGUAUCCGUCCCGCCAUUAACGUCGGUCUUUCCGUCUCCCGUGUCGGUUCCGCUGCCCAGACCAAGGCCAUGAAGCAGGUUGCCGGUUCCCUCAAGCUUUUCCUUGCCCAAUACCGUGAAGUCGCUGCUUUCGCUCAAUUCGGUUCCGAUUUGGAUGCCUCCACCCAGUUCUUGUUGAACCGUGGUGCCCGUCUUACCGAACUUCUCAAGCAACCCCAAUACACUCCUCUCUCUAUUGAGACCCAAGUCCCCAUUGUCUUUGCUGGUGUCAACGGUUUCCUUGACAAGCUCCCCGUUAACAAGAUCGUCGACUGGGAGAAGGAUUUCAUCCAAUACGUCAAGUCUAACCACAGCGACGUCCUCGAGGAGAUCCGCUCCAAGGGUGUUCUUUCCAAGGAACUUGAGACCAAGCUCCGUGAAGUCUGCGAUGCUCAUGUCAAGUCUUUCAUGUAAAAACAGAUCAGCGGAAAUCCCUUUAGCCGCAAAUUGAAGAUUCCAAUCAGCUUAGCACUCUAGAGUUUUUGUUGUAGUUUUUGCAGCAAAAAAUAAAACAAAAUACUGUUUUUUAAAUAACAUUUGCCCUGAUAUUAAAAAAAAAAUGAGAGAGAGAGAUGGAGGGA